AUGCCGCCUGAGGGCCAAGACCGACACCAACACCGUUAUCACCACUCUCUAUCACCAAUCAAAAAGGUCAAGGCCGCCCUCGUCAAGUCCCCGAAAUCGCCCCCGUCCCCAUUAUCCGGUGACCUCCGAGUCCCAAACGACCAAAGAAUCACCGACUUCGACACCCGCAUCGAGGAGAUCUACUUCGACGAUCCCAAAUCCCGAGAAUGUCUCAGCGUCAACCCCGGCGACCACCCCCAGCAUGAGGAGGAGCGCAAGCGCUGCACAACGGAGAACUGGCAAGCCGAGAUUGAGAGACGAAUCGUGGCCCACUCGAAGAUGGUCGACCAUGCCUAUGGCGAUGCACAUCCCUUCCGGGGUCAAGCUUACGGGCACGGCGAUGGACAAAAGUGA